GCAGGAAUUCUUGAUGGGCAAGUUUUGUUGGGGAAAGGAACACACCCGAAUCUGUCAUUCUUCAAUUAGGGUUUAACUUUGGAGUUCGAGGGCUUGCUCUGUGAUUCGCAGUUCUCUCUAAUCCGUUUUUUUUGUAGGGUUCAAACCUCAAAAUCAAUUGGGUUCAUCUCCAAAUCCAAUUGAAGAAAUGGAAGGUGAACGUAACUUAGAGGCCUCCAUCGAGCAGCUGCUCAAUGUCGAGAAGCAGAUGCGCCUUGCCGGAGAUGUGGCCGGCACCAAGAAGGCCGCCACUGACAUAUUACAGCUUUGCUUUGAAGCGAAAGCAUGGAGGACUCUUAAUGACCAGAUUGUGCUCUUAUCCAAACGCCGUGGACAACUCAAACAGGCUGUGACUGCAAUGGUGCAACAAGCAAUGCAGUACAUUGAUGAAACACCAGAUAUCGAAACCAAAAUAGAGCUUAUCAAGACGCUUAACAAUGUUUCUGCGGGAAAGAUAUAUGUGGAAAUCGAGAGAGCUCGGUUAAUAAAAAAAUUAGCAAAAAUUAAAGAGGAGCAGGGGCUUAUUUCUGAAGCUGCAGAUUUGAUGCAAGAAAUUGCUGUGGAGACUUUUGGUGCCAUGGCUAAAACUGAGAAAAUUGCAUUCAUUCUCGAACAAGUUCGUCUGUGUUUAGACCGUCAGGAUUAUGUUCGUGCUCAGAUCCUAUCAAGGAAAAUCAGUCCAAGAGUCUUUGAUGCCGAUUCUACAAAAGAGAAGAAGAAACCUAAAGAAGGUGAUAAUAUUGUUGAGGAGGCUCCAGCUGAUAUUCCAUCGUUAAUGGAGUUGAAGCGUAUUUACUAUGAAUUGAUGAUCAGGUAUUAUUCGCAUCACCAGGAUUACCUUGAAAUUUGUCGCUGCUACAAAUCAAUAUAUGAUAUUCCAUCUGUUAAGGAAAACUCAGCUCAGUGGAUACCAGUCCUGAGGAAAAUCUGUUGGUACCUAGUUCUAUCACCACAUGAGCCUAUGCAGUCGAGCCUUCUUAAUUCCAUCUUGGAAGACAAGAAUCUUUCAGAGAUCCCAAAUUUCAGAUUGUUGUUGAAACAGCUAGUUACUAUGGAGGUCAUCCAAUGGACAGCUCUAUGGAAUGAUUACAAGGAUGAGUUCGAUAAUGAAAAGAACUUGUUAGGAGGCUCUUUGGUUGAGAAAGCUGCAGAAGAUCUUAAACAAAGGAUAAUCGAGCAUAAUAUUCUUGUCGUGUCGAAGUAUUACUCAAGGAUUACAUUGAAGAGACUUGCUGAGCUGCUGUGCCUCAACCUCAAGGAAGCAGAGAAGCAUCUUUCUGAAAUGGUUGUGUCCAAGGCUUUAGUGGCGAAGAUCGACAGGCCAAUGGGCAUUGUCAGCUUCCAGACAUCGAAGGACAGCAAUGACAUUCUAAAUUCAUGGGCAACAAACUUGGAGAAGCUGCUUGAUCUUGUUGAAAAGAGUUGUCACCAAAUACACAAGGAGACCAUGGUUCACAAAGCUGCUUUAAAAGUUUGAGAAGGAUGAUUAUGAGCCAUGUGCCAUUGGUCACCCAGAAAGCGGCAUGAUUGGCUGUUGUGCCUAACCAGAUUGAUCAAGAAUUUGUCCCGUUUGUCAGAUGUCAGAUUGUGUUGGCGGUAAGGAACAGAACUUGAUGCGUUUCUUAUUAGAAUUGGAAGUAAAGAUUGUUGUAUAAUACCGAUAAGAAAUUCGAACCAACCUUAAUGCCCUUUUCUUAAGUAGCUUUGGCAUUAAAUUGCCUGGAGUAGUUUAAAUUCUUAGGCUAUGUUUGCUACAUUCAGCUACCAUUUUUAUCCAGUUUAGGCGUUUGCCUCUUACAUGUCAACAAUCUUUGUGUGAAAGUAGAUUGUUCCGGUUGUGUUCUGGAUUAUUAUUUUGCUGGAUGCUCUUACAUUUUUCA